GAAAGCAUGGCGGACAGUGAGGAAAACGUGAUGUCAAACACAGAAGAAGCUGUCGAAGAAUCCAGUAGUGACAACGAGAACAGCACCGUGGAUGAUCUCAGUGAUGCUGAGCCAGAAAAAACUUUCAAGGAUUUGGGUGUUACUGAGGUGCUCUGUGAGGCCUGCGAUCAGCUGGGAUGGAAAAGUCCAACAAAAAUCCAGAUAGAAGCCAUUCCUGUGGCUCUGCAGGGAAAGGACGUCAUCGGCCUGGCUGAGACCGGCUCUGGAAAGACCGGAGCCUUCGCCCUUCCCAUCCUUCAGUCCCUGCUGGCUUCACCUCAGAGGCUUCAUACGCUGGUCCUCACCCCCACCAGAGAGCUGGCCUUUCAGAUCUCUGAGCAGUUUGAGGCUCUGGGCUCCAGCAUCGGGGUGAAGUGCGCUGUCGUGGUGGGUGGGAUCGACAUGAUGUCUCAGUCCUUGGUGUUGGCUAAGAAACCUCACAUUGUUAUUGCCACGCCAGGGCGACUCAUAGACCACAUGGAGAACACCAAAGGCUUCUCUCUGCGAGCGCUGAAGUUUCUGGUCAUGGAUGAAGCCGACAGGAUCCUCAACAUGGACUUUGAGACUGAAGUGGAUAAAAUCCUGAAAGUGAUUCCCAGAGAAAGACGCACCUUCUUAUUCUCUGCCACCAUGACCAAAAAGGUGCAGAAACUGCAGCGAGCCGCUCUGAAGGACCCGGUGAAGUGCGCCGUCUCUACGAAAUACUCCACUGUAGAAAAGCUGCAGCAGUACUACAUCUUCAUUCCAGCCAAGUACAAGGAUUGCUAUUUGGUGUCCAUUCUGAACGAGCUCGCCGGCAACUCCUUCAUCAUCUUCUGCAGCACGUGUAACAACGCCCAGCGGGUGGCGCUGCUGCUGAGGAACCUCGGCAUCACUGCCAUCCCUCUGCACGGGCAGAUGAGUCAGAAUAAACGUCUCGGAGCUCUAAACAAGUUCAAGUCCAAGUCUCGCUCGGUGCUGCUGGCGACCGACGUGGCAUCCAGAGGACUCGACAUCCCCCAUGUCGACUGCGUCAUCAACUACGACAUCCCAACCCACUCCAAGGAUUACAUCCACCGAGUCGGACGGACAGCCCGAGCAGGACGAUCCGGGAAAUCCAUCACGUUUGUCACUCAGUACGACGUGGAGCUUUUCCAGCGAAUCGAAACCCUGAUCGGGAAGAAGCUCCCUGCCUUUCCCACCCAGGAGGAGGAGGUGAUGAUGCUGGUGGAGCGAGUGAGCGAAGCGCAGCGGUUCGCCCGGAUGGAAAUGAAGGAACAAGGUGAGAAAAGGAAACGACCCAAGAGAGGAGAUGGAGACGACGACGACACAGAGCAAGCGAGUGGAGUGAGGAAGAAAGUGAAGGGAGGCUUUGGAGGAGGAGGAAGAGGAGGAGGCGGAGGGGGGAAGAAGAGAGGCGGUGCAGCCUGGAGGGGGGGACGCUGAGACGAUUAACACCGGUCGAUUGUACAUAAAUAGAAAUGAUGUAAAACUUGAUCAUGUCAGCAUGUUUCUUCCCGUUUAGACUAAAACCAAACAGCUAUUUAAUGAGGAAACAUGUUUCUGUGAAAAGACUUUUUCCAUUUUGUAAUAAAACUGCCGGAGACAUCA